AUGGAUGAUGCUGCUACUGCAUGUGAAGACUUGAAAUUCUUUGAGAGGAGGCUGACGGAAGUAAUAUCUCAUAUGGGCCCGAGAUGUACUCGCUGGAGAAUUGUCCUUUUAUUGAUAUCCUUGUCUGCUGUGCUAACGUCUUACAAUUGGAUUGCUGAUCCUACACUGCGAUCGGUGUCUUUGUGGGAGUCGCUACAAAGUCAUCCAGUCUUUAGUGUGAGUGUGCCGCUGUUGUUCAUUCUCUUCACAGCGUUUGGUAUUCAUAGGAGGGUUGUCGAACCAUCA